UCUUGAUUAUGAGGUCAGUCACAAAGCUGUUGCUAUCAUGCGCCAAUUUUUCAAUGGUCCGUGGUUGUCAUGGAGGGAGGUCCCUACACAUGCUAAAGUUGGAAUGUGGAACAAAUUUGAGGAGAUACACACAAUUCUUCCAGGACAAUUGCAUCAUGUGCAUCAAGUUUGGGACAAGCAUUGUCAGCGACGGUUGACAACCUCAUUAGGGAGGGUCAGAAGCCAAAAGCUUCUGGAAGCAAAAGGAGAUUUAAAUAAAGCCCGUGAUAAACCCCCUAAUUGGAUCUCUAGAGAAAAUUGGAAUAAGCUAAUUGAUAUUUGGAUCUCCCCAAAAUGGAAGAAGAAAUCAGAAGCCAACAAAAAUAAUAGAAACACCAUGAAGAAUGGUAGCAUCUCUAAACACUGUGGAGGAUCAAUCACAUUUGUCAAUCAUGACGAACGAUUGAAAUUAAAGUUAGGUAGGGAGCCAACAAUAGUUGAAUCUUUUAAUCGGACGCAUAAGACAAAAUUAUUGGUGAUGGGAGGAAGCUUGGAUCUCUGA